AAUACUUCACCUUGGAUCCUGGGAAGGACACUUCUUGUAGAAAUAAAUCCAUUAAGUCUGUGACUAGGGGGAAAGCCAUGAUGAACACGUCCCAGAACAUGUCCCAGAAUGCCUCUUCGAAGAGGAACCUGGUCUUUGUCGGGGCGUACACGCUGGUCUUCAUAGCUGGCCUGAUCCUCAACCUCAUUUCGCUGGUGGUCUUUUGCCGCCAAAGCAAGUCCCGCUCUCACACCAUAGUCUACAUGACCAACCUGGCCGUGGCUGACCUGCUGCUGGUCUGCACCCUACCCAUGAGGAUCUAUUACCACCUGGGCUUCUCCGACCUGCCUCAGACGCUGUGUGAGGUCCUUGGCCUCACCCUCCUGGUCAACAUGUACGGGAGCAUCUUCCUUCUGACAUGCAUUAGCGUCGACCGCUGCAUGGCUGUCUGCUUCCCCAUGUCGGCCCGCGUCAAGGACUGGCGAAAGAAGGCUGUACUGGUGUGCCUGUGUGUCUGGAUACUGACCAUCGGUGCCAGCCUGCCCAUCUACCUGUUCAAGAAGAAGAAAUCUAACCGGGGUGAGCAUCAAUGUUUCGGGAGUGCCCCCGUCUAUGCCACACAGCGGGUGGCCGUAGCCACCACACUCACCAUUGGAUUCAGCGUGCCCCUCGCCUCCAUACUGACAUGCUCCUGGUUCCUGAUCCGGGCCAUCGGGCGAAGUGAGGCGGUGCAGACGGGCGCGGUCGACAGCCAGAAGAUCCGGCGCAUGAUCACCGUCAGCCUGGUGAUCUUCCUUGUGUGCUUCCUGCCCUACCACCUCAUCCUGGGGCUGCUGUACGCCAGCCCGGACCGCAGAUCCCCGGAGGAUGCGGAGGGCCCGAAUUUCCCCCCGGCGCUGGUCUCUGCUUACCAGUAUAGCCUGGUGCUGGCCUGUUUCAAUGCCAUGCUGGACCCGCUGGUGUACUACUUCACCACAGAGACUUUCCGGAACAACACCAUCAACAUCAACACCAUCAGGAGGAUGCUGCCUCUACAGAGCCACAGCUCGGACAGCAACCAUCGUUCUCAGGUCCCUCUCAACUCUUGAACCCCUUCACCCACAUAGGUGCACACAUACAUACACACACACACACACACACAUACACACACACACACACACACACACACACAC